CAUAAACACUAAAUGAUGACAGGAAGAGUAACAAAUUCAACUCACUGUAGAUUUGAUCUGUGUGUGAACAAACUGUGUGUCUCUGUUCUCUACAGGUUGGAGCAGUGUAAUAUCACAGAUAAAGGUUGUGUUGCUCUGUGUUCAGCUCUGAGAUCAAACCCAUCACACCUGACACAUCUGGAUCUGUCUAAAAAUAAUCUAAGAGAUUCAGGAGUGAAGCUGAUCUCUGAUGUACUGAAGAAUCCUGACUGUAAACUGGAGAUACUAAAGUUGGAGCGGUGUAAUAUCACAGAUAAAAGUUGUGUUGCUCUGAAUUCAGCUCUGAGAUCAAACCCAUCAUCACACCUAAGAGAUCUGUAUCUGUUUGAGAAUAAACUCACAGAUUCAGGAGUGAAGCUGAUCUCUGAUCUAAAAGAUGAUCCACAUUAUAAACUACAGAUAGUACGUUGGUGAUAAAGAUGUAAAGAUGUCUGAUCUUCAGUAUGAAUAUGAUGGUGAAUAAGAAGACACAAUAGUGACAUCACAGACACUUCCUCUUACCCGUAUGAGUUGAUUAUUCAGUACUGGAUUUGUAUAUGUAUAAAUGUAUAAAGCCGUAUGUAUAAAGCCUCAUAAGUGUUAAGACUAGGUCUCAGCUCCUAAAUUAUUUAAGAGAGCUGGAGAGGUUUCCUAACCUAGUUAAGAGUAACAAGAGGGCAGCAGAGAGGUGGAGAUCAUGCCCUUUACAACAAAGAAUGUGUUGGAAUUAUUUUCAUUCAAAUGUAUUUCUUAGCACUUUUGACUAAUUUGUUGUUGUAUUGUUGCAAAACAAAACAUUUACAGUAAAUACAUGUUAGUAUAUAGACAGUAGAUAAACAUUAUUUAUGACAGGUAAAUAAAAUACCAUAAAAUGUAAAUAGAAUUUACAAUAAAAAAUGUGAAGUAUCUACAA